UUAGUUUUGUACUUCUAAUUUUUUAGCCAAAUAAAGAAGUAAGUUUUAUACUUCUUCACUCCAAGCCAUUGUAUUUCCUGUGCCGCAACCGCAUUUCUUUUUCAUCACGAAACAAAGGAGAGCGGAGGAGGGGCUAGGUUUCCUAUUGACUUCAGCAGAGUUUGAUUAUAGAAAUGUCUCGGAGGUAUGAUAGCCGUACUACGAUCUUCUCCCCUGAAGGUCGCCUCUACCAAGUGGAAUAUGCCAUGGAAGCGAUUGGAAAUGCAGGAACUGCUAUUGGGGUAUUAUCAAAAGAUGGAGUUGUCUUGGUUGGGGAGAAGAAGGUUACUUCUAAACUCCUCCAAACAUCGAAAUCCACGGAGAAAAUGUACAAAAUCGAUGACCAUGUUACCUGUGCUGUGGCUGGUAUAAUGUCUGAUGCCAACAUAUUAAUUAACACUGCCAGAGUCCAAGCCCAGCGCUACACUUAUGCUUACCAAGAACCCAUGCCCGUGGAACAGCUUGUUCAGUCUCUAUGUGAUACGAAGCAAGGUUACACACAGUUUGGUGGGCUCCGUCCCUUUGGUGUCUCGUUUCUGUUUGCAGGUUGGGAUAAGAACUUCGGCUUUCAGCUAUACAUGAGUGACCCUAGUGGCAAUUAUGGUGGUUGGAAGGCGGCUGCGAUCGGGGCAAAUAAUCAGGCGGCCCAGUCAAUGCUUAAGCAGGACUAUAAGGAUGAGAUCACCAGGGAAGAAGCUGUUCAGCUUGCAUUGAAGGUACUUAGUAAGACCAUGGAUAGCACUAGUCUUACAUCAGAUAAGCUUGAACUGGCUGAGAUCUUUCUCUCCCCCUCUGGGAAAGUGAAAUAUGAAGUUUGCUCACCAGAAUCCCUCAGUAAGUUGUUGCUCAAGUCUGGAGUGACCCAACCUGUUGCUGAGGCUUCAUGAGUUUAUUCCCCUUUGUUACUGUAACUUCAUGAGUUUAUUCCCCUUUGUUGCUGUAUUUCGGUACAUGACUUAGUUUCAGGAUGUUGGUUUGUCUUCAUAUUUUAAUUUGUGCUUCAUUGGGAUUGAACAUCUUGAGUCAAAGAUUUGAUGAUCCAUCUUAUGGGUGGAGCUUUGAACAAUGUAGUUAAUAUUUCUUGUUAUAGUUUAUCAUUUGAAACUUGUUGUGCUCUGAUACAGUUUCUUCAGAUGAAAAUUUUAGUUUUAUGCA